CUCGGAUCUUUGGGAUACUCUACGGACUGUAACGUUAAGGUCUUGUGUUCGUAUCUCGCACUGGUACAGUACUAUGGCAUUGAUCAUUGCCUUGGUGGUGGCAUUGGCCUGCCAUGUGCAGGCCAAGGCUGUCUUUGCUCACUUCAUGGUGGCCAACAGUCAGAAUUUCACGGUCGAUAACUGGAAGGAAGACAUCACGCUGGCGCAGGCGGCCAAGAUCGACGCCUUCGCGCUGAACAUGGGGUACGGCAGCCCGUACGCGGGUCAAAUCCUGAACGACGCGUUCACGGCGGCGGCCGACCUGGACUUCAAGCUGUUCUUCUCGCUGGACUACAGCGGGGACGGCCACUGGCCGCAGGACCAGGUCAUUACGUGGCUGAGCAACUACACCAAGCUACCGGCGUACUACAAGCACAACGAGGAGACGCCGCUGGUCUCGACUUUCGAGGGCUACGAGGCGCAGGGCGACUGGGUCAACAUCAAGAAGAAGGUUGACUGCUUCUUCGUGCCGGACUGGUCCAGCGUCCUGCCGGAGAAGCUGGCGGCGGCGACGGUGGCGGACGGGCUGAUGAGCUGGAACGCCUGGCCCGACGGCACGGCGGCGAUGAACACCUCGAUGGACGAGCGCUAUCUGUCCGUGUUGAAGUCCUCCAACGGCACCGACCGCCCCUACAUCAUGCCCGUCUCCCCCUGGUUCUACACCAACAUGGUCCGCUACAACAAGAACUGGGUCUGGCAGGGCGACGACCUGUGGUACACCCGCUGGAAGCAGGUCGCCGAGCUCGAGCCCGAGUACGUCGAGAUCCUGACCUGGAACGACUUCGGCGAGUCGCACUACAUCGGCCCCAUCCACGAGCACGACCUCGGCACCUUUGUGUCCGGCGGCGCCCCCUUCGACUACGCCGUCGGCAUGCCGCACGACGGCUGGCGCGCCUUCCUCCCGUAUGUCAUCGACGAGUACAAGAACGGCGGCGACGGCAGUUCGACCAUCGAGUCCGAGGGGCUCGUCGCCUGGUACCGCCUCUCCCCGUCGUGGGCCUGCUCCGCCGGCAAGACGACGGGCAACACGGCGUCGCAGGGCCAGACCGUCCUGCCGCCGGGCGAGGUGCUGACGGACGCGAUCUUCUUCUCAGCGCUGCUCGAGUCCGCCGCCGAGGUGUCUGUCAGCAUCGACGGCAAGUUGGAAUCGGUCGACUGGUCCGAUACCCCCGACGGCGACAGGGGAAUGUACUUCGGCUCGGUGCCCAUGGACAACCGCACCGGCGAGGUUAUCGUCACCCUCACACGCGACGGCAAAGAACUCACCCGCGUCGCCGGCCAGCCCAUCAGCACCACCUGCGGCAACAACAACAUGACCAACUGGAACGCCUGGGUGGGAAGCAACCUGACCAACCUGUCCGCCGGCAAUGGCUCGAGCAACGGCACCUCCACGAAAUCCGGCGCCGCCGCCGCCUGGUCGUCGACGAGGGCGGAGUUGCGGGGGUUGCUGAUCCCCGUGCUGAUCGUCUGGUUGGGGUUGGGGUUCGUGCUAUAAGGAAAAAAUAAUGUCAUCCCGUUUGUAUUAUGAUCGUCAUGCCCGCCGGGGAGGAAAGAAUAUGUGGGGAGCAGAAGGCUCGGGGAGGGAGAGGGGGAGGAGUUUGAUGGUGGUAGAUCUUGGAUAUUGAUGAUGUCCCCUUCAACUGUAUCUAUGUAUGACGCUUGACUU